CUCCGCCGGGGUGUUUCCCAGCUCAGUGCCCCGCAACUGGUUCGCAGGGCGCCAGCCGCAGCCUUCCGUUCCUCUCGCUCGGCUGGAGCACGGAGGAUGGUGCUGCCCGACGAAGAGCCCGCCGCCGGGGUCUACCGGGCGCCCCCGGAACUAGUGCGGGAGGCGCAUGUGCCUUCCUUGGAAAAGUACCGGGAGCUUUACCGCCGCUCGGUGGAGGAGCCGCAGGAAUUUUGGGGUGAUAUUGCCAAAGAAUUUUACUGGAGGAGCCAACACACUGGACCAUUUCUGCAAUACAACUUUGAUGUCACGAAAGGGAAAAUCUUUAUUGAAUGGAUGAAAGGGGCUACAACGAACAUUUGCUACAAUCUGUUGGAUAGAAAUGUCUAUGAGAAUAAACUUGGGGACAAAAUAGCUUUUUACUGGGAGGGAAAUGAACCAGGAGAGUCUAUGAAAAUCACCUACCAUGAGUUGCUGAGUAAAGUCUGCCAGUUUGCCAAUGUUCUUAAGGAACAAGGUGUGAAGAAAGGAGACAGAGUUUCUAUCUACAUGCCAAUGAUCAUUGAGCUGGUGGUAGCCAUGCUAGCCUGUGCCAGAAUUGGAGCACUUCAUUCCAUUGUGUUUGCAGGUUUUUCAGCAGAAUCCCUUUGUGAGAGGAUCCUUGAUUCCCACUGCUCACUUCUCAUUACGGCAGACGCCUUUUAUAGAGGUGAUAAGCUGAUUAAUCUGAAGCAGAUAGCAGAUGAAGCCUUGCAGAAAUGUAAAGACAAGGAUACCCCUCUGAAAAGGUGCAUUGUGGUCAAGCAUUUAGGAAGGGAAGAACUGGUGCUAGAUGGGCCAAGCAGCAAAUCUCCACCUCUGAAGAGAAUCUGCCAGAGUGUUCAGGAAAAAAAGACCGAGAGCUCAAAGAAAAUCCAUCCCAAGAUUCCUUGGAAUUCAGAAGUUGACCUUUGGUGGCAUGACAUUAUGAAAAACGCUAGCAAGGAGUGUGAGCCUGUCUGGUGUGAUGCAGAAGACGAAUUGUUUGUUCUCUAUACCAGUGGGUCAACUGGGAAGCCCAAGGGUGUUGUACAUACAAUAGGUGGAUAUAUGAUCUUCACUGCCGCUACCUUUAAGUAUGUGUUCGAUUACCAUCCUGAGGACAUUUACUGGUGCACAGCUGACAUUGGAUGGAUAACAGGCCAUUCCUACCUCACAUACGGACCCUUGGCAAAUGGGGCAACCAGCAUCUUAUUUGAAGGGCUCCCUAUUUACCCAGAUGUUGACCGUAUGUGGAGCAUCAUUGAUAAGUACAAGGUGACCAAGUUCUACACAGCACCUACUGCCAUUCGCCUCCUCAUGAAGUAUGGAGAUGAACCUGUCAAGAAGCACAGCAGGAAGUCCCUGAAGGUGCUAGGGACAGUCGGAGAGCCCAUAAACCCAGAAGCUUGGCUAUGGUACUAUAGGGUGGUUGGUGAAGAACGAUGCCCAAUAGUGGAUACCUUCUGGCAGACAGAGACUGGUGGCCACGUGUUAACACCUCUCCCUUCUGCCAUACCGAUGAAGCCGGGCUCUGCUACAUUUCCUUUCUUCGGGGUGGUCCCUGCAGUGCUGGAUGAGUCUGGAGAGGAAUUGGAAGGAGAAGCAGAAGGAUACCUGGUUUUUAAGCAACCUUGGCCAGGGAUAAUGCGCACAGUGUACAAAAACCACCAGCGGUUUGAGACCACUUACUUCAAAAAGUUCCCUGGUUACUACGUGACAGGAGAUGGCUGUAAAAGAGAUAAAGAUGGUUAUUACUGGAUCACGGGUCGAAUUGAUGACAUGCUGAAUGUUUCUGGGCAUUUGCUGAGCACAGCAGAGGUUGAAUCGGCUCUGGUGGAGCACUCGGCCAUCUCGGAGGCAGCAGUUGUGAGCCACCCACACCCAGUGAAGGGAGAGUGCCUCUACUGUUUUGUGACCUUGAGGGAUGGUCAUGAUUUCACGAAGAACUUGAUCGAUGAACUGAAGAAACAAGUAAGAGAAAAGAUUGGACCCAUUGCAACCCCAGAUUAUAUUCAGAAUGCUCCUGGCCUGCCCAAAACCCGCUCAGGUAAAAUUAUGCGGCGGGUGUUAAGAAAGAUUGCCAAAAAUGACCGGGAGCUGGGAGAUACCUCGACUGUGGCAGAUCCAGCAGUUAUAAACCACCUUUUCAACAACAGGUGUGAGACAAUACUGUAGCAGAACUAUCCUAAGGGAAAUAGCAGUAGUGCAGGAAUUUGGUGAGAAGAUGACCCCAUCCAGACAUGACUGUUCCUUAAGAUGGAAAACCACCUUAUGCUGAGCUGAAUGUAAAAUGCUGUAAAUGAAGAGAAUAAACUGGCGCUCCAAGAUGCAGUCCUCGUGUUGUAGAUUUAGCUGUCUGUGCCUCUGGAGAACUGUGUGCGUUAUUUUGUAGACCAAUACUGCAUAUCUGAAAUUCCAGCCUCAUUCACUUCAUACAGAAUGACGUUAUGAUUUUCAUUAGUUUGUUUUAUGCAUUUUUUUUACUUUUUGCGUACAGCAAUGGGCAGAGUUUAGAAUGGGCAGAUAUUGAUGAGAAAAGUAGCUCUGCUCCUGAGCUGUAGUUACAAGCCUUCAAAAUGUUUUGAGAAUCAACAGAUUUCAGCACUAAUCCUCAUGUUGAGGCAAAAUUAUUGGAACAUUUUUUUUUAGCAAUUCAGAAUUCAUCAGUUUUAAAAAUAUGUAUGUUCUACAUAAUACUUUGGCUGCAUGUCAUAGGAAAUGGAACAUUUUUUUAUGAAAAUUGUCAGCUAUGAAGCUGCAUAAAAUUAUUUUCCAGUGUUAUGUCCACUGAAUUUUAGGAUGGAAAUGGCUGUUCGUGGUCAUAAUUUACUUUCAAAACAGGAGUAAAAAAUACUCCCUAUGUUUUGAUUUUAUUAAUGCAUCUCUCUGUAUGUGCAUGCACAGAUGAAUACUUACAGCACAUUGGAGAAUUCUUCGAUGAAUACAGAUUCAAAUUCAGGGAACAGGUAGUCAUGAAAAGUUGUGUUCAGUGCCUGGAUAUUCCAUAGACAAGAGGUUCUUAAAUUUUGCUAUUGUUUGGUGCAAUGCCACUACCAGUUAAAUCUGGUUAGGGAGAGGGGCCUUUUGACUUGCUUUGAUGGAUGAGAAGUGGAUGCUGUAGAUACCAAAGGAACAGUGACGUGAGGCAAUUCAGUUACUUGCUUCUGUAGCUGAUGAUCACAUGAAGGAAGUGGAUUCUUGAACACUGCCAGUGAUUCUGAGUGAUGCUUGUGGUAGCUGGAAAAUAAAGCUACAAUUGUGGAAAUCGCUUCCAGGUAUGUAUUUAAUGCAGUUAAUACUGCUUUCUCCGUGUGAUCAUGGGCUUACUUGUGAUAAAAAAAAGAGCUGUUGCUCUCAUGGAGGACAAAAGAUAACAGCAUAAAUAGCCUCCAGGCAACUCUGCAGAGGUUUCCUUUAGAGUCAGAUGAAUAUAUGCAUAGUUCACAACCCAUCAAAGUCAUUGUGAAGAUUGGCAGAACCUGAUUUUUCCAGGGCAUGCAUCGAGGCAGCAAAGGAAAAAUGAUCAAAUCAAGUAUAGAUUGAGACGGUGUGGGCAUGUAAUCAUGGGGAAAACUUUUAAUACACUUGUUCCUACAACCCAAAGUCCCUAAUAAAAGUAGGUAACAGGAACAGGCUUCUUGUUUCGAUAACUUUUAUCAAGGUAUGUAAUUCCAGCACCUACCUCAGUGUUGCUGGCCUGGGAAUGCCUUUCCUCUGUGAUUUCUAUUAAAAAAUGACUUUUAUUUAACUUUCACUACAAUAUUUUAAAUUUUUUUGGCUGUGGUGGCCAUGUUGUGUUAGCUCAAUACAGUCUCCUUUGCCCCUAUAACUGUUUGCAGAUUGGAACUGCUUAAAAGCAGUGUCCUUCAAACCAUAUCCUUGAUGAAUAAAGUUGGCCUGACCUUGUCUCAUGGUUAUACAUCUCUCAAUUCUUACCUGCUGUUAAGUCCUAAAUGCACUUGUUUUGUGGUCUACAACAUUGGUGUAUAUUUAACCUAAUGUCCUACAGCAUUAAAGGUAGGCCAGUGGCUUGCUAUGUGCUGCUAAUAAUACAUCUUUUUAAUCUUGGUCUGACAUAAUUUUGGUUGAGAAAUGACUAGAAGUUUGUUUUUAAUUGGAAUAAAUCAAAGAAAUAAACCUAUAAACCAGUAA